AUGCCUUCUAGACAAAUUGAUGUCUGUAAUAUUGAGAUUCCACAAGGAGUUACGUUAGCUGAUCCAGACUUUCACAAACCGGGUAAAAUUCAGUUACUUUUAGGAUCUGAAAUAUUUUUCGAUUUGAUAAGAUCCGGGCAAAUUUAUGUACCAAAUACAAAUUUAGUGUUACAAAACUCAGCAUUUGGGUAUUUGGUAAGCGGUAGCAUUGAAGAUUUACCACAUGAGAAACAAUUAAUGCAUUGUGGGUUAAUUUAUGACAAUGUCGAAGCACAGUUGAAGAAGUUUUUUGAUUUGGAAUCAAUUGGUAUCAGAGAUGAUCCCAAUUCUUACGAUGAAGAUAAAUCAUUAGAGAUAUUCAACAAAACUGUUAGUUUCAAAGAUGGUCGUUAUAUUGUUAGUCUGCCUUGGAAGAAACAUUGGAAACAUUUAGGCGACAAUUUUGUUGUUGCAGAAAAAAGAAUAAAAAUUCUGAUGAGAAAAAUGCAGCAUGAUAAUACAUUAUACUUGAAAUAUAGAGAAACUUUAGAAGAGUACCUAAAUCAAGGGAUAAUAGAAAGAGUAUUAGAUUCUACGAAACCAGUAAACAAGCCAGUUUUUUAUAUGCCGCAUCAGGCAGUUUAUAGAGAAGAAAGCAUUACAACAAAAAUGCGUAUUGUAUUUGAUGCGAGCUCACAUGAAAUAGGUAGUCUGUCCCUGAAUGAUUGUUUGUGGCCAGGUAUUAAUCUGAAUCAAAAUAUAUUUCACUUGCUGAUAUAUUUUAGACUUAAUAGAGUUGCAAUCUUAGGAGAUAUCGAUAAGGCAUUUUUACAGAUCGUGUUAGCUGAGAAAGAUCGAGAUGCAGUUAGAUUUUUAUUUGUUAAGAAUAUUGAUACACCUUUGCAGAAUACCGACGAUCAGCUAGAGGUGUAUAGAUUUAAGCGUGUACUCUUUGGUGUUAAUUCCAGUCCUUUUUUGUUAGCGGCAACUAUAAAGCUGCAUAUCCAAAAGUACAGAAAUGUGUAUCCCGAUACUUUUCAAAUUCUUGAUACAUGUAUGUAUGUUGAUGAUCUUGUUACAGGAGCAGAUGAUGUAUCAGAAGCCUUAAAAACUUCAAGGGAAGCAAAGGAAAUUAUGCGUGGAGCUGGGAUGAAUCUACGCAAAUGGGUGACGAAUGAUUAUCAUUUAGCUAAAAAAUGGGAAGAAGAAAAUUUUGAUAUUCAUCCCCUAAGCUCAAAUGAAAAGAUACUGAAGGUAUUAGGAAUUCAAUGGAACAUUCAGGAAGAUAGUUUGAGUAUAGAGACUUCUUGUUUGACGAAAAUUUCGAGGAGAAAGAAAAGUACCAAACGCUUCAUCCUCCAAACAGCUGGAAAAAUAUAUGAUCCUCUUGGACUCAUCACACCAUUCACUGUUAGAAUAAAACUUUUACUACAAAAGCUAUGGUUACGUAAAAUUACCAUGGGAUGA